GGCGGGACUUCCGCCUUCCUCCUGGUGGUGGACAUUUUAACUUUUUAGGUCUUUGUUCACGGAUUCACAGGCUUCAGGGCGCUGGUCGUGAGGAGGAGGGGAUCUGGGAGGUAGCGAGCCUGCUGUGCGGGGUGUGUCUGAGGCUCCUUGAGCCCAACAGCCCGAGAUUGGUGUCUCCGUGCCUCCCGGACUCCUCUCUGCUCACAGCGUCCCCGCAGCCGGACCCCAUUUCACCCUCCAGCCUUGGGGACCGGCCUCUCAGGUCCCGCCGCCCAGGUCCCAGCGCUCAGAAUGGAUGUGAACUUUGAGGACGUAGUCAUUGCCUUCUCUCAGGAGGAGUGGGGGCUCCUUGAUGAGGCUCAGAAACUUCUGUACUACAAUGUGAUGCUGGAAGUGUUUGCAUUUGUAUCAUCUGUAGGUUGUUGGCAUAAAAUGGAUGAUGAGGAGGCCUGUUCUGAUCAGAGUGUAUCUAUACAAGGAGAGUCACAGGUCGGGGCUUCUAAGACAGCUACAGCCACCCAGAAGACCCUUCUGUGUAAGCGGUGUUUCUCUGUGUUACAACAUAUUUUGCACCUGACUGGGUCACAUGCAGCACACUUUGGGCAGACAGCCUUCUGUAGUGACACAUGUGUUGGAGAUGUCUGUUUCAGUACAAAUCCUCAUCAGCAACAGAGCAAUGAAUGUGGAGAGGAGCCCUGGAAAGAAGCUAUGAAUGGGGCCUCCUUUGUGAGCAGGUGCAGCUUCUCCUUAUCUUUGGUGCCUUCAACCAGCAGGGAGGUUGGGGAAGACUUGCUGUACAACUCAGAGCUUCCCCAGCACCAGGCCACUCUCAACACUGAGGAGCUACACUGUGGCAGUGAGAUUUCACAGGAAUUUCUUGAUGGAAAAAGUCAUCACCAGUGGGGUGAAUGUGAAGACACUGCCAUCCACAACCUGAAAGUUGUUCAAUGUCAGGGUGCAUUUUCUGGAAAAGUGAUUUAUGAAUGUAACAAAUGUAGGAAAGUGUUUAGACGAAUCUUUAACCUCAUUCAACAUAAGAGAGUUCACCCUGGAGAACAGCUGUAUGAGUAUAGAGAAUGUGGGAAGUUCUUCAGGGAAAGAAGUACACUCAUUAACCACCAGAGAGUUCACACUGGAGAGAGGCCAUAUGAGUGUAAUGAAUGUGGGAAGUUCUUCAGGGAAAGAAGUACACUCAUUAACCACCAGAGAGUUCACACUGGAGAGAGGCCAUAUGAGUGUAAUGAAUGUGGAAAGUUCUUCAGGGAAAGAAGUACAUUCAUUAACCACCAGAGAGUUCACACUGGAGAGAGGCCAUAUGAGUGUAAUGAAUGUGGGAAGUCCUUCAGUAAAAGUAGUACACUCAUUAACCACCAGAGAGUUCACUCUGGAGAGAGGCCAUAUGAGUGUACUGAAUGUGCGAAGUCUUUUAGCCGAAAAUCUAAUCUUAUUAACCAUCUGAGAGUUCACAGUGGAGAGAAGCCAUAUGAGUGUGCUGAAUGUGGGAAGUCUUUUAGCCAAAAAUCUAGCCUUACUAUACAUCUAAAAGUUCACACUGGAGAGAAGCCAUAUGAGUGUACUGAAUGUGGGAAGUCUUGUAGCCAAAAAGCUAACCUUAUUAAACAUCUGAGAGUUCACACUGGAGAAAAGCCAUAUGAGUGUUGUGAAUGUGGGAAGUGCUUCACACAAAGACCUGUACUCAUUAAACACCAGAGAGUUCACACUAGAGAGAAGCCAUAUGAGGUUAGACAUUGUGGGAAGUCCUUGAGUAAUAAGUCUGCCCUUGAACAAAACAGAGUUCAUACAGGAGAAAAGCCAUAUGCAUGCAGACAAUGUGGGAAGUCUUUUAGCCAAAAAUCUUACGUUAUGCAACAUCUGAGAGUUCACACUGGAGAGAAGCCAUAUGAGUGUAGAGAAUGUGGGAUGUCCUUUCGACGAAGGGAUCACCUCAUUGUACACCUCAGAGUUCACACUGGAGAGAAGCCGUAUCAGUGUACUGAAUGUGGGAAGGCUUUUAGCCAGAAAUCUACUCUUAUGAAACAUCUGAGAGUUCACAGUGGAGAGACGUGUUAAAUGUGCAGGAUAUGUUUUAUUUUAUUUACUUACAAUAACAACACUCAAGGAGACUCUUUGGGACCUGUUUUCCUGAAUUUAACCCCUUUUAAUGGAACAUACACUCUGCUAAAUUUCUCAUACAUUUCCAGUACAAUGGAGUCUUGAAGGAGGUGCAUUGCACUUGGUAACAUGCCCGGAUUUACUACCCCAUUGAUUUGUGGCUAAAGAGAUUUCACCUCUACCACCUGGCUCAUCUGAAGAGUGCAUCAGUCCCAACCCGUGUGUGCUCAGGGGAAAUGUAUUCUGUGUUCUCACUUGUGCUUGGGAAAAUUAAGAUUAUUUCAAGCUCUUGACAGGAUUUUCCUUCUGUCUGACUAGAAAAUGCAUCUGACCUAGGGUUUUUCCAGAGCACCCAUCCUAAGCUAAGCAGUGCUACCACUUUCAGGGACAUUGUGGUUCUCACAUUAUGCUUUUAUGAAUUGUUUUACUUUCUAAUUUACCAACCUGCAAAUUGCUUUCUGUCCUCUGUUCUGGUUUAUGAUCUGGUUAGUAAAGAUGGUUUUUUCUUUCGUAGCUUUAUUUUAUUUUUUUAAAUUUCACUCUCUGGAUGAUUUCAUAUGAAAAUUAUAAUCUAUCAUCAUGGUGAGGUGAAAAGAUAUGGUGGGGUCCGAAACUUUCUGUUCUUUGGAAAGCGUAUAAUAAUGUCAGAAAAGUCACUCUUUGUCCAAUAAUGGCUUAUUUUAUACCACUGACCAAUGCAAUGAAAUAAAAGUUUGCAUAACGUUGUGCCUCUGAUGUUGAUGAGGUCAGUGGUCCCCCAGAAGAGGAGCCCUUUUUUGUACUUCUAUCAUUGUUCUAACAUUAUCCUCUGAUGAGUUGUUUUAUGUUCUUACUUACUAACCUACAAACUGCUUGCUGUCCUCUGUUCUGGUUUAUGAUCUUUUAGUAAUGGUGUUUUUUGCUUUUUGACCUUUAAUUUUUGGGUAAUAUUCACUGCCUGGGAUGAUUUGAAAGGAUAGUUGUGAUUUAUCACAUCCAGAGGUAAACAGAUAAGGUGGAGUCUCAAACUUUCUGUGCUUUGGAAGGCACAUCAUAAUGGCAAAAAAUUACUCUUUGGUGGCCAAUAUUGGUAUAUUUUGUAUUGCUGACCAAGCCCUUUAACAAAAAUCUGCAUGACUUUUUGGUUCUAAUUUUUUAGCCUGGUGCCUGUAUUAUUGGUGAGGUCAAUGAUCACCCAGAAGAGUCCUUUGUUGUGCUUCUGUGAACAAUACGAAUUAUAUUCUCUGUUCAUAGUAUGUCUUACAUACUGCAAAGGAGCCCUUUGCCAUGAUGUGUGAAAUUUCACAGGCUGGUUUCAUUUGUUCUAACACUGUGAAGUGCAACUAAUAUUGGAACAAACACUGUUUUCAUAGUGAGUGGAAGAGAUGGCAGUAUAUUGGAUGAAAAUUGCCUCUUCUGAACAUUAUCCACAAAUGACCCAGUCCUGAAGCUUGUUUGUUCUUUUUGGAGCUGAAGUGAUUUGUUGUGAAAACAAUCUCAUGGUUUUGGGUUUCCCUGGGCCCCUCUAUGGUGUUCACCUCAAGGUUAUCACAACAGGCAGGAACUCAAAGCUAGAGGGAGGAUAAUCAUAUAAUUAGUCCCAGGUUGUGUGUCUUGUGACAAUUCAGCAUUCCUGAUCAUUCUGAUGGCAGUAGUCUUCACUUCUGGACAAUAUUUGCUGCCACAGAGCAACAAUGAUUCUCUCAGGAAAUGAGAGAGAUGGUCAUAUCUAUAUAGACUUGCCAUCUUAAUUUUCAGAGAAGGGAGAGAGAGCUAGAAACAUCAGUGAUGAGUUAGAAUCAUUGAUCAACUGCCCCCUGCAUGCCGCACACUCCGUAUAAAGCCUGCAAUCCUCGCUUGUGCCCUGACCGGAAUCUAACCUUGACUUCUUGGUUCAUAGUUUGUACUGAGUAAUAUUGGCCAAGCUAAAACACACUUUUUAACAUGUGCUUUUAUCUUUCCAUACAUGUCCAUCUCCCUGAAACAAAAUACUCCUCCCCUUUUCAAUGCUUCCUAAUUGGCAUAUGAAAUUCCUGCUGCAAGGACAUAAUCUACCUUUGAGUUAGCUUAUUUCAAAUAUAUCCAGAAAACACUUAUAAAACUUCAUGAAUUCUAGCCUUCUAUCACUAUCUGUCAUCAUGGUGGUUCUGGUAUCUAUCUAUUCUCAGAUACAUUAGUGACUUAUUUUACUUAAAACUCCUGAUAAAUUUGGCCCUGGCCAGAGAGCUCAGUUGAUUAAAGCAUCAUCUCAAUAAUGCCAAGGUUGCAGGUUCCAUCCCCAUUCAGGGCCCAUGCAAGUAUCAAGCAAUGAAUGUAUAAAAUUAGUGGAACAACAAAUGAGAGUUUCUCUCCCCCCCUCCCCCCAUACUAUCGCUCUCUAAUCCAGUGGUUCUCAACCUGUGGGUCGCGAACAAUGGAAAUACUUCCUGCAUAUCAGAUAUUUACAUUACGAUUCAUACCAGUAGCAAAAUUACAGUUAUGAAGUAGCAAUGAAAAUAAUUUUAUGGUUGGGGGUCACCACAACAUGAGGAACUGUAUUAAAGGGUCGCGGCAUUAGGAAGAUUGAGAAACCACUGUGAGUCUAAUCAAUAUAUUUGUGUGGGUUUUUUUUACCAAAUGAGUCAACACAUGUGAACACCAUCACAGACCAAGGGACCUUGUGGUGAAUAGCCAUAAGGGUUCUCAUGAGGGCAGAGCACACAGUGAGGGAACAGGAGGGGAGGGGCCCCUGCUGUCAGUGUGGAGGGUGGGGAACCGGGCCUGAGCUGCACAGUCACCUACAGGUAAUUAUGACAUUUGUGUUCCCUGAGAUUAAACCCUAAGGGGCUGGGAAAAGCUCUGGGCCUGGACAUGGGCUUUGUGGUCUCAGCACCUUCCAGCCAGAGGUUGAGACAGCUGUUUUGGAUUCAGGUAGUUGAGCGCAGAUCCCUCCCAGGUGUUCUGAAGCAGCUCCUGAUACUUGAGGCCCUCAAAUCAGUUCACCUACCUCUGAGCAGCCCACACACUCCCUUGAGCCCCAUGGGCAUUGUUGGAAUCUCUCUACUUUUGCAUUUCUGGGUAAUUUCCCAUUUUCAUUUUAUUAAAAAUAACACUGCCCAACCAGUCAUGGAGGUAGCAUGGAUUCUCCAGGAAAUGGUGCUGUGGGUUUUCAAUGGUGAGACCAUUCUGCAAUACAAGCAUUUCCAGAAGGAGAGGCUUGGUCUCAACAUGAUACCACAUUGAGGGCAUGCGUUACAGGUGGUCUCACCCUCCAUAAGUUUGGCCUGUGCCGAGCAGACCCUUGCUCCUGAAAUGAGGUGAUGUAGCCUGGACUCUGAGGGACAAUGUACUGUGGGAUGCGAGGUUGAGGGGGCAGAGAGGUGGGGCGUUGGAACACGAUUGGUGAUGGUGUUUCCUGCCAGCAUAUGGGGAGUGCCCAUUGUGUGUGUGUCCUGUGGCACUGUCUGGGUGGCACCAAUUUGUGUGUGUGUGUGUGUGUGUGUGUGUGUGUGUGUGUGCUUUCCUUAGGGUAUUGCCCAUGUCUACAGUGUGGGUCUAUGUGAACCUGGACAUAAGCCCACCACCUGAGUGCCCAGCACAGGCUGGGAGUGUUCUGUACCUGUGUGUUUCUGUGCUUGGGUUAUCUGUAUAUUUUUUUCUCUGUCUGUGCAACCCCACAAUGAACAAGUGCAUAGGAAAUCUCCGGUGAGGCGUUGUAGAGGCACCUUCCUCUACAUCAAUACGUUCUUCUUCCCCAUCCCCAGGUGAACCCCUUCUUCUCUUCCAGGCAUCUGGUAUCCCUAUGGAGGUCCCAUCUCAACUCUCAUGGAUGGAUUAAGCGUAGGGUCAAUUCAGAGAAUCCCAGACUGUGGGAAGGUGGGGAACUGGGGAAGGCUCCAAUGGAGAUAUAGAUUGUGGAUUGGGAACGUUUGUGAAUGACACUGGUCUUUGUGAAGGAGUUGGAAGAUCCAGGAUCCUUAUGAAGGAUGAGGAUGGAUGCAUGUGGGGGUAAGCUGAGGGGCAAGACUUGUAGUCUCCUAAGUCCCCACUGGUAAUGAGAAACUGGACAUCCCAGGAGAGUGGUGUCCCUUGCCAUGUCAAAGCAACAUGGCUGACAACUAAUACAGGAAGGUGUCUGGGGCCCCAUGGAGCAUUACUCCUGGACUUCUGGGCUCAUCUACUGCGUGUGCAUGGCCAACCCGACACUGGGGCCAGGAGGGAGAAUUAGGACCAGUGUGGAGAACCAUCCAGCAACCCUUUAGCACUGGUUCAUGCACAGAACAAACAGAAAGCACAGGAUCGCCAUUGAUGUUAACUUCAGCUUUUCUCUCUUUUUUUUUUCCUUUGUCAACAUUUUUAUUGAUUCCUAGACAAUGGUAUUUAGAAAUUAUGUGGGUUUUUUUGUUUGUUUGUUUUUAUUAAAACUUUAUUAUUCA